AAAGACCACAAUGCAUUGCGGCGACACAGUCGUUAUCAGGACACAUCUUCAACCUAGGGGAAAGCUUCCUCUUUAAAGGCGUUUUAUUUAACCUUGUCGAGGAGGUAACCCCUUCCUUGAAUUUUUUUAAGUAAAGAGUUUAUUGCUUUGAUAAAUAUUGACUUUCCGCUUUUAAAUGCAUUCCUUCUAUCUAUUACAGCUAGCUUUGAGGCUAAUUUGAGCGCCCUAGUUAGAGCUAUUCACUAGCUAACCUAACAGAGAGGACAACGAAUCAGCAAAAGGUGGGACGAUAAAUUCAAGAAGAGCAGCUGACAGGAGUAACACUUAUGAUAUGUCUCGGAGAAACACUACAAACACAUAAUCCGUUGAUGCAAGGGAAGAUGACGGACUUCAUCCCAUGUUGCCCAUUGAAUCUCACAUAACAUAAAGAGAUUUCAAGCAUCUUCAGUGGACUAUAAAGAUCAACAAUGAAUCUUCAUCAAGUCCUUACGGGGGCUGUCAACCCUGGAGACAACUGCUUCUCAGUUGGAAGUAUCAACAAUAUGCCUUUUACGGCUUAUGCAUCAGGCUGCGAUGUGGUGAUUUUGGGCAGUAAUUUUGAGCGGCUGCAGAUCAUCCCAGGGGCCAAACAUGGCAACAUCCAGGUUGGAUGUGUUGACUGCUCAUUGCAGGGGGGGCAGAUUGCAGCUUCCUAUGGAAGCACUGUAUGCGUCUUUGAGCCUGUACAGCCUCCAGACAGAAAAGAUGCACCGCUGUCUAAGGGGAACUGCCAGUGGCAGAAAGCUGGUCAGUUUGUGUUGGAGACAAUGGUACGAAACCUGGCUUGGCACCCCACAGGAAAAUCCCUCUUAACGGGUUCCAACAGCCUCCAGCUCUGGUCUGAUGUGGACGGUGUUAAAGAUGAAGUUGAAAAUAGGAAAAAGAAGAAUCAAAUGACCAUACAAGGCUCUUCCUCUGCUUGGAGGUGUAUUUGGCAGAACAGGACGGCCUCUCCAGUUUGUUUUAUGAAGUUCUCUCCAGAUGGGGAAUUCUUUGCCACUGCAGGGCAGGAUGAUUGUUUGGUGAAGGUUUGGUACAGCACCAACAAGUGGAAGUCUGGUGUUCCCACACUCUUCACCCCCCCAGAUGCCAGUGUGAGUGUGCAGGGGGAUUUGGCUUUUUCCUUUGUGUACCUGGCCCAUCCUCGCUCUGUCACUGGUUUCUCUUGGAGGAAGACCAGCAAAUACAUGCCACGAGCUGCAGUGUGUAAUGUUCUGCUCACCUGCUGCAAGGACAACGUUUGUCGGCUCUGGGCAGAGACGAUGUUACCAGGCGAUAGCUUCCUCUAUGGUCACUUCAACAGCCCCGUUUCUGGUUAUGAUGGGGAAACCGUCAAAUGUGCUGACCGCCCCGAAAAAAACAACUUCAAUGGGAAGACACAAGGAAUCACCUCACAAGAAUUUAAUUUUCAAGAAUCGUGGCAUUCCGGCUCCUAUCGGGAUAUCCCUGUUCCCUCCCUGACUGGCUGCCUGCCAAACCACCAGAGCCAACACUUUACCCACAAGACGAGCAGCAAUGAAAUGCCUCAUGCUAACGCUCUCUGCCACUUCCACAUUGCUGCCAGCAUCAACCCUGCAACAGACAUUCCUUUACUGCCCUCCAUAUCCUCUCUGGGUGCUGUGAAUGAUGAGGAGCCAGGCGGUCUCUUUACUGUCCACUGGCUCAAUAACAAGGAGCUUCAUUUCACUUUAUCCAUGGAGGUCUUCCUGCAGCAGCUCAGAAGCACUUUGGAUGAGGAAAACGAAUGCUCAAAUGAAGAACCUGAAGAUGAAGAUACCUAUGAUGAAGAAGACAACCAUAGCAGUCCAAACGACCCCAAAGGGGAUGAAGGUGUGGAGCUUCCUGUAGCAGCUUUGGAGCACCAAGUGAACGUUUUGUUGGAGGAGUGGAAUAAAGGGGCGGACAUGCUGUUCAGUAUACAUCCCAUGGAUGGCUCAUUGUUAGUCUGGCACGUGGACUGGUUAGAUGAAUACCAACCAGGGAUGUUCAGGCAAACUCAGGUGUCAUUUGUGUCUCGUAUCCCUGUAGCAUUUCCUACAGGUGAUGCCAUCUCCCUGAGUCACAGUGUGGUUAUGUAUGCCUGCAACAAAAACGUGGAUUUGGCGAUCCAGCACGGAAGACAGCGACCGCCGGGUACCUUAUUAUCCCAAACAAAGUCUACUCUGAUAAGCUACGGAUGCCAAGUAAAAGCUGCAAGCAACAAUAGUCUUCGAUUGAGUAUUUUCACCCCCAAUGUCCUCAUGAUCUCCAAACAUGAUGAUGGCUCUCUGAAUCAGUGGGCUGUCAGCUUUGCAGAAGACUCUGCUUUCUCCACUGUGCUCAGUGUCUCCCACAAAUCCCGCUACUGUGGUCACCGUUUCCACCUCAACGAGCUGGCCUGUCACUCCUUACUCCCACUCCUCCUCACCACUUCACACCACAAUGCCUUGAGGACACCAGAGGCAGAGAGCAUCCUGACUCCUGCCGAGGGGCAUCGGAUUAGUGUUUCCCAUUCCACGUCUCUGAAUUGUGGGUCUCGACCCAGUCGAGUGUCCCUUGGUGGGGUUUCUCAGGAUCCUAACGCAAUCUACAGCGAACUGAUUUUAUGGAGAGUGGACCCUGUCGGCCCACUGUCUCUGUCAGGCGGGGUUUCAGAGCUCGCUAGAAUAAAUUCUCUUCAUGCAUCAGCGUUCGCUAAUGUAGCCUGGCUGCCCACACUCAUUCCCAGCAGCUGCCUUGGUGUGUAUUGUAACUCACCCAGUGCCUGCUUUGUGGCGAGUGAUGGUCAGUCUCUACGACUGUAUCAAGCUGUCAUUGAAGCGAAGAAACUCCUGAGCGAGCUCUCCAAUCCGGAGAUUUCUAGAUAUGUUGGGGAAGUUUUCAACAUUAUCAGUCAGCAGUCCACAGCUAAACCAGGCUGUAUCAUAGAGCUGGAUGCCAUUACCGACUUUCAGCGGAAGGAGACCCAACUUCUACAUGUCUUUGAAGAAAACCUGAUCCUUGGCAGUUUGAGAGCAGAAGGCCCACAAGAAACUCCUGAUUCCAUUUUUUUCAGUGAGUCGGCCUUCUCAGCGCGCUUUUUUCUGGUGGUGGUGGAACUGACUCAAACGGGCCGAUCACUCCUGCACAUGUGGCAACUGCAUCUCGCCGCUUUACCCGUCAUACUAGAAGAAACACCAACUCCAAAGGAUCUCACCACACCUUCUCCGAUGUACAACUCCCAGUUUCUCUUUGACAUCCCCAGUUCUCCAGUAAUUCCCAGGCGUAAACCUUCCACCACCAACCUUCAGACUGCAUGUCGCCUCAGCCUCACAACACGAAAGCUGUUCAGCCAAGAACUUUCCCUUCCUCCUGGAGUUGAAGCGAUUAGUUUUACUCCUUCUGCAGGUCAUUUGAGUGCAUCGUGCUCUUUACCAGCUGGCCGUGUGCCGUAUCUUCUUGCUUCUUCCUGCUCUGAUGGAAAAGUGCGUUUCUGGCAGUGCAGUGUUUCAGCACCAGAGCCCACUAGCACAGAUGACUUUGUUUACCAAUGGGAGGAGUGGACUCUCCUGGUGGAUGAAAGGCUUCCAAACUGCAGUGCCGUGAGCGUGCCUGGUCGCCCCAUCAACGUGAGCUGCUGCCACACCGGACGGAUCGCUGUCGCCUACCGGCAGGCGCCAAACGCGCCCUUGAACUCAACACCUCAUUCAAGCUCCGAUGGACUGCCAGCUUUUCCUCCCACCUUGGCAUCCUCCCCAUACGGAUUCAGGAACUACACACACCCAAACCAAACUCCCAAUAUACAACCAGUUCCAAGUCUUAGUGUCAGCCCCAACCCAGCAAAAGCAAGAGAACCACUGGUCUACAUCAGCAUCUUCCAGUGUGACUCCACCGGUGGUUCGCAGUGGAUUCUAGAGCAGACCAUAUUUUUGGACAGCACUGAUCCCACAGCUGGCAGUUCUGCUGUUAAAGGUGUUAAUCUUUCCAGUAAUAUUGACCUAUCUAUGCCUAAUGACAACUGUCCUGGCUCUGCAAAUAGGGCAAUGGUUCAUUUGGACUGGGUUUCGCAAGAAGAUGGGUCACACAUUCUGACGGUUGGUAUUGGGACAAGGAUCUACAUGUAUGGCCGCCUGUCUGGGAAGCCUCCAGAACUGGUUCUGUCUUCUGAUGCUAAAAGAGACCACAGUUUGUCUCGCUUAGUUCUGCUGCGCUCCGUCAGUCUGGUCUCCUCUGUUGACGGUUCAUUACCAAUCCCAGUUUCCCUCUCCUGGGUCCGAGAUGGUAUCCUUGUGGUGGGUAUGGACUGUGAGAUGCACGUCUACUCCCAGUGGCAGCCGCCAGUACCUCCAAAACCUGCUUUCACAACUUUCCAAGACACAGACACGAGCAGCAGCGUCUCCUCCAUAGUGUCAGCUGUCAGACAGUUCCAGGAGGAUGGCGUCACUUCUGCGGCACCUACACCUCUCCUGGCCCCUCCCAAGAAGGCCUUGACGAGAUCAAUGAUGAGUCUGGCGCAGAAGCUCAGUGGGAAGAAAACGGUUUAUGACCUGCCUGUAGAGAUGGAGGAUUCUGGGCUUUUUGAAGCAGCUCACCAGCUUUUUCCCACUUUACCUCAGUACCAUCCUGUACAAUUACUGGAACUCAUGGAUCUAGGGAAGGUCCACCGUGCCAAAGCGAUCCUCUCCCACCUGGUGAAAUGCAUUGCUGGGGAAAUUGUCACGCUGAAAGAGAGUACCACCAACCAAGAGAAGCGCAUACGCUCUCGAACAAUCAGCGUUGGAGGCAGCACCGCCAGAGAUGAGAAGAUCUUCAGCAAAUCGGAAAGCUCCAGCCCCGACUAUACCGAAAUAAGCUCUGUGCCCCCCCUGCCUUUGUAUGCUCUUCUGGCCGCUGAUGAGGACACGCCACAACUCGAAAAGGGUGGCAGUGUGAGUGGAGAUAGUGGGCAUGGUUCCAGUCAGACUGAUGCUUAUGAUGAACUCUUUCAUACACCCAAUACUGUGGACCUGAACCUACUGAAUGAGGAACAGGAAGAAACUGGGAGUAAAGUUAUAGACCUUUCAAAGUACAGUCCUACAUAUUUUGGACCAGAACAUGCUCAGGUUCUCUCCAGUCAUCUCCUCCACUCAAGUUUACCUGGACUAACUCGAAUGGAGCAGAUGUCACUCAUGGCGCUCGCUGACACCAUUGCUACCACAAGCACAGACCUCAAGGAUAAUCAGGCAAAGAGCAAAGGAGGGGAGACUCUGGAUGAGUGUGGCCUUAAAUUUUUGCUGGCUGUCAGACUCCACACCUUCCUUUCAACAUCCCUGCCUCCAGCACACCGUGCACAGCUGCUUUGUCAGGGCCUGUCAACAUGUCAUUAUGCCUGGGCCUUUCACUCGGAGGCUGAGGAGGAAUUACUGAACAUGCUUCCUGCUAUGCAGAAGGGAGAACCCACCUGGCCUGAGCUGCGCUCCAUGGGUCUGGGAUGGUGGCUGCGCAGCACUGACAAGCUGCGCAGGUGUAUCGAAAAGGUUGCCAAAGCUUCUUUUCAGAAAAGCAAUGAUCCUCUGGAUGCAGCUAUUUUUUAUCUGGCUCUGAAAAAGAAGGCAGUGGUUUGGGGACUCUAUAGGUCUCAGAAGAAUGCAAAGAUGACAGAGUUUUUCCGAAACAACUUCAGUGAGGACAGGUGGAGGAAAGCAGCACUGAAAAAUGCCUUCUCUCUGCUGGGGAAACAGCGGUUCCAGCAUUCUGCAGCCUUUUUUCUAUUGGCCGGCUCCCUGAAGGAUGCUGUGGAGGUGUGUUUAGAGAAAAUGCAAGAUCUUCAGCUGGCCCUGGUGAUCUCCAGAUUGUACGAGUCUGAGUUUGAAACUUCGUCCACUUACAAAAAGAUCCUUCAGAGGCACGUUUUGGGCCAAGACAAACAGAUUCCUACCCAUCCUGAUCCUUUCUUGCGAAGCAUAGCCUACUGGGUUUUGGAGGACUACAGCAGAGCCUUGGACACUCUGAUUGUGCAGCCUUCAAACCUGAAAAGCUCUGGAACCUCUCAGAUCAAAUGUGACACUGAUUCCUCUUCAAAGCCUUUGUGUAACCCAGAGGUUUUUAAUUUUUACAUCUACCUGCGUACACAUCCACUUCUCCUUCGCCGCCAUUUUGCCUCUUGUGACAGGGCGAAAGUUGGCCUGACCACUGAAGGUCGCAGGGCUGACUCCAUCAGUCUGGAUGAAAGGAGGCUGUUUUUCACCACUGCGUACGCUCACCUCCAAACUGGGUGUCCCAUGCUGGCACUUGAAGUCCUGUCGAAGAUGCCCAAAGUCCACAAACGUUCCAAACUCCCCAACCAAGAUGACUCGAGCAUUUCUGCUGAGCUCAGUGUCGGGAGUAAGAAUGGGCCAGCGUCUGACCCAGACUGGAGUCGGUCGGCUCUGAACGGCUUCGAUUCAGCUGGAAACAGUUUGUCCAACAGCCAGUCAGACUCCUUGUUAAGUUUUGAUUGGAGCCAGCCAUCGCUGAACCUUCCAGAUGAGCCGCUGGAGCUGAAGUGGGACAGUGACAAAGACGACGAGGAUGCAGAUGAAGAUGAAGAACCACAAAUGACAAAAGAAGAGAAAGACUGCAAAACAACUGAGAACAGCGUUUUCCAAGACAUUCCAAACGCUUUUCCUGCGGGUACGGAAAGCUCGAGGCAGGGCGACCUCAAAGACGAGGAUAAUUGCAUCGUUCCAUCUGAUGACAUUUUAGUGUGUCAGCUUAAGUUCACCGCCUGCCUGAAGAUAAUGGCCAAUGAGCUGCGCACCCUGUCAACGGGGUAUGAACUGGAAGGAGGGAAGCUGCGUUACCAGCUGUGCCAGUGGUUGGAAAGAGAGGUGCUGGCUCUGCAGCGCUGCUGCAGCUACAAGCCUCGCCUGCCGAAAGCGUCUUUCCAGGAUGAUCAAUCGGUUUCUGGAUUAGUGGAGGAAGAUCAGCCCCAGAGCCCUCAUGCUGAUAGCCACAAGAGCAGAAGACAGUGGCUGCAGAGUAACCAGCCUUUAUUGAGGAUGUUUCUGAGCUACUGCAGCUUGCACGGCUCUCAUGGCGGAGGACUGGCUUCGGUACGCAUGGAGCUCAUAUUGCUGCUUCAGGAGUCCCACCAGGACGACUCUGUGAAGUCCGUGAAGCCACUGGGUUCUCAGCAUACGUCCAUUCCUCUUCUUAUGGCUUGUACUGCCAGUGUAAAAACAGUGGUGGCUAAUCCUAUUGUGUACCUGACCAACCUGGCACAUGACAUCUUGCAGACCAUCAAUGCGCUCGACUCCCCUCCACAUCCUGACAUUGUUAACAAUGAGAUCUAUGUGAUGCACACUCUGGCUGCUUCCUUGUCCGCCUGCAUAUAUCAGUGUCUUUGUGAUGGACAUACAUACAGCCAUGUGAACCACUUCACCGGGACUGUUUAUCAGAGCGUUUUGCUGUCUCAGAAGCAGCUGCUCAGAGCUGUCAGCACGGAUGAGUCUGCUCAACCCAACACUUCUCCUGCUCAGUGGCCAGGUAUUGCUUCUCUCAUUCGUCUGCUGAACUCGGCAGGUGAGGACAGCCAGCCAGGCUUGGCUGUUCUCCUGUGCGAGAUUUUGACUGCGGUCUACCUGAGUCUUUUCAUUCACGGCAUGGCGACUCACUCCAGCAACGAGUUAUUUCGCAUCGUGACCCAUCCGCUCCACGGCAAGCUGUGGGUGAGCGUUUUUGGGGGAGGAGCCCGAGUCCCAGUCAUGGGGAAACCCACCAGUCCAACAAGAACCCCUCCACCAGCUUCUCCAAGUGGCUCAGAGAAGAAAGCCAGGCGUUUCCGGCUCCUUUCGUCACGCGGUGGAUCAAAAGAAGAGUCUGGGAUCGAGCGGGAAGGCCCAUCCAGUCCCAAAUUUGGUUCUGUUGUGGAACACGGAGUCACCUCUGUCUUUAAGGACCAGUUUGUUCCUCCAGAGCUCAGCAUUUGGGAUUACUUUAUUGCCAAGCCUGUGCUGUCACCAUUAGAAAACAGGGUUGAAUACGACUCUGAGGAAAGCCUGAGCAGCCAAGAAGAAGAGGAUGAUGAUGAUGAUGAAUGUGACGACGUGUUUGAGCCCAGCUCUCCACAGAAAGAGCAUGCAAAUAACAAUUCAUACAGCUGGUGCUUGAUGCGUCUGGCCAUGGUUCAGCUGGUCUUGGUCAACCUCAAGUCCUUUUACCCAAUGGCAGGAUACGAUCUGUUGGAUUUGCCCGUGGCCUCCCCUCUGUGUCACGCUGUGCUGAAGACUCUGCAGCGCUGGGAGCAGGUGCUGCAGAAGAGACUAGAGAUCUUCGGGGGCCCCCCACCCAAAUACAUCUCCACCCACCUUCAAGAUGAGAGCAUCACACCAGGCCCUGCUUUGCUGAGACACAAAGCCCUGUUUGAACCAUGCAACACCCCGUUCAGAGCUAGCCACUCUUCUGCUCUGCCAGUGAAACGUUUAUGGCAGUAUUUGGUGAAGCAGGAAGAACUGCAGGAGACGUUCAUUAGAAACAUUUUCACCAAAAAACAUGGUUCAAAUCAGUCGGACCAGGCUGACAAUAUGAAAUGUUCAGGAAUGGACGAGACAGGAAACAACCAGACCGAGUCGGAUCAGAACAGUGGCGGGGGGAAAGCACGCAUCAUUCACAAGGAAUCGGACAUCAUCACCGCUUUUGCGAUCAACAAGGCUAACCGUAAUUGCUUAGUCAUGGCCUCGACCCACGACAUUCAGGAGCUGGACGUGUCUUCCAUCUUGGCCACACAGAUCCUGACGUGGAUCGAUGACGAGGAGCCUGAAGCCAAAGGUGUUGGAGGUGAUGACUUCCUGGUGGUCCACGCACGGGAUGACUUUGCUGCCCUCCACGGCACCACUCCGUACACCCACAGCAGCCCUGGGACACCUAUCAACGUGCCCUGGCUGGGGGCCAUGCAGACAGGCAGGGGUGCGGCUGUGAUGAUCAAAAGAAACAUCAACAACGUCAGAAGAAUGACCUCUCAUCCCACUCUGCCCUACUACCUGACAGGAGCUCAGGACGGCAGUGUGAGGAUGUUUGAGUGGGGGCAUUCCCAGCAGAUCACCUGCUUCAGGAGUCCAGGCAACUCCAGAGUGACCAGGAUACGCUUCAACCACCAGGGAAACAAGUUUGGUAUUGUAGAUGCUGAUGGAGCUUUGAGUCUCUGGCAGACCAGCACAAGUGGAAAUACACCCAAACCAUAUCUGACUUUGCAGUGCCACAACAAGACAGCGCAUGACUUUGUCUUUGUGGGCUCCUCUUCCCUCAUCGCCACUGCAGGUCUUUCAACAGACAACAGAAAUGUGUGUCUUUGGGACACUCUAGUGACUCCUGCCAACAGCCUCAUACACGCUUUCUGCUGCCACGACUCCGGCGCCACUGUGCUCUCCGUGGCCCCUAAGCGGCAGCUGCUCAUCACCGGCGGGCGGAAAGGCUGGAUCAGCGUCUUGGAGCUCCCCAACAGACACCAGCGGCAGAGCUUCCAGGCCCACGACUCUCCGGUCAAAGCUCUGGCUGUGGAUUCAGUGGAGGACUGCUUCAUCAGUGGAUCGGCUGAGGGCAACAUUAAGGUGUGGAGUCUGGCCUCGCAGAGUCUCCUCUACUCCUUCCCCAACGAACACGCCCGCCAGUCGCUGUUCAGGAACCUCGGGACGGGCGUGAUGCAGAUCGAGGUGGGACCAGCCAACCACGUCUUCUCCUGUGGCGCCGACGGGACCAUGAAGAUGAGGAGCCUUCCCAACCGCUUCAGCGUGGUGAACAGCAGCCACAGCAACGCCGGGAACAACGUCAAGUUCUUCAUAUAGACGGUGGUCGCACAGAGCACCGCGCACAGGAGCUUCUCCAAGCCUUUUAAAAGUGUAGCUACAGCAAGUACAGGGUAAAAACUGAGUACGCUCAAGCUGGAAUAGAUGGAUUAAACAGGACAAACACCUCGUCUGACAUCGAUGCGCGUCCAACUGCCAUCAAAACAGCACAUGGAGCCUUUUUAUUUGCACAGAUGAAAGCGAGGUCCAAGAGCUCCAGCAGCCAUCUUUCACACAGAAUCGCCUUUCCUUUGGUUCAUGUUGGUCUAUAUGAAGUGAGAGUUCAAAAAAGAUUUCAAAGUAUCAAUCGUGGACAUCAGAGCACAUCAUCCAGCCAGAGGAGCAUCCAGAAGAUGAGCAGCAGACGUUGGUCACUGUCAAGGCGCUUCCCCCCCCCCCAGCAGGUCGUCUUCAUAUCAAACUCUUUGUGACCGUUGCAGCUUUUGCGGAGCUCCUUUCCGGCUCAAACAAACUGUACUAUAGUUGUAAAUAAAGCAUCUGUAUUGGGGUAAACGCUCUAAAUGUCAGGAUCCAUGGUGGAGAUGUUGCAGCGAGCGCCACGCUGCUGUCUGCUGAGCGUGACGCGGCUCACAGACUGGAAAACAGCCAGUCUGGCUGCGUGCAGCAGAAGCAGCCUGCCAACGCCGCUCGACUUCAUAAAUUAACACGUCUCGUUUGUUUAAUUAAACUAACUAAACGAUAGCGGCUCUUAACGCCACCGCUGCCAGCCCGGAUCCAUCGGGGGAAUAGCUUUAUGGUCGAGGAUAAAGUCGCAAAUGAAUUUGACACCGAUGGGAUCUGGCUAAUCUGUGAGCUGCAGAGGGUUUUUAUUUGUCUCAAAUUAAAACCAGCUCUGGUCUUUCACAGACACGAGCGUUGGGACUCCGCCCAUCCUAAACGUGGUAGCUCCCUACAGAGUCGUCGGAGUUGAUUUUCCAUUUGCACAUUAGUUGAGCUCAAUCACGGGGUUAAAGUGGUAACAAUAGGAGACAGACGAGGUAACACGUGCAAUGUUUUUGUCUCAGUUUGGAUCAUAGAAGCAGCUCUUAAAGUGUCCUUAAUCUUGACUUCUGCCAACACAGGAGCACUAAUACUGAUUUGUAUGGUACUGCUUUGCACAAAGUAGCUUUAAUUAAACGAGGCUAUCAUUGACAUGAGAGACCAGCAGUUAUAUCUUUUCUGGCUACUUUUUUUUUUGUGUUUUUGUGUGGCGGGGACUGAUGACACGCAGAUGACCUUGUACUUUUGCUGUUGACAAUGAAAGCAGGUGCAGGUGGAUACAUUUUACAUUUUAAUUGAGCUUUUGUUUUAUUUUGGUAACAAUGCACCUCUCCCUCAUCGUCCAACACCCGACAUUUGUGCCCCGUAGUUGAACUAGCAACCUUUACUUAAUUUGCCACGUUUAUGAUCACCUGUAUUUUUUUUUUUUCAUUUAAUGAUGGUUCUUGUGUAAUUCAGCUCCCGCACAUGUUUGGAUUACAUAAUCCGAGUGAUACCUAAUGCUCCUGUGCUGCUGAAGCAGUCACACAUUGAAUUUCGAGCAGGUUUAAUGCAAUUAUGUAAAUACAUCAGACAGUUAACUGCAUAAUCACAGCUAGUUCUAGCAGAAUAGUGAGUAAUAAAAGCCACUUUAAGACUGUACAGACCAGUGUACUUAUGAAACAUGUUCAUAUAUUUAGUGGAGAUCAAGAAGUUAUUUGAAUAUUUUUCCUUGUGGUUGGAGAGCCCAGUCCUCCUGCAGCAGCUGGAGAGUAAAAUCUGUUUUUAUCAGAUUUAUGUGCUCAGUCACUGGAGAAUACUUUUUUUUUUUAAUAUAUAUAUAAAUAUAUGAAUUUAUCAGAGUAUUUCUUGACAGUCUGGACUGAAACGACUCGAUGUGUAGGAUUGCAGCUGUUGCACAAGAAUAAACAUUUCCGCUUUAUUAAAGGAUUCUCUUUUACCCUCAUCGAUCAACAAAUGUGAAUUUAAUCAGAUGAUUCUAAUUUUCUAAUGUAAGUUGUUGCAACAAACACAAAUGUGCUGAAUCCAUUAAAGAUUUAUGUAAAACUA